AACGUCGUGCAGUUAGAAGCUCUAAUCCAUCUCUCUCCGAGUAGGAAUCGUCUCUCGACAGGCCACAAGCCUUUAAAGCCUCUCCUCCAUUGUAAUCUAGUUGCGUUGGAUAAUAGCCUUCAAGGACUUCUGCUUCAUCCAUCCACAAGACGCAGGAAACCCGGACAGAUCCCCCUAAAAUGUGGAAGACUUGCACAGAGCUGUCUAGACCAGAUGCUGUCAAAAUUCUAGCUAGAUCCGACAUAAUUGGUCAUGGGGGCCUUAACCAACUAGGCGGAAUGUUUGUGAAUGGCCGGCCGCUUCCGGAGGUGAUCCGGCAGCGCAUCGUGGACAUGGCGCACCAGGGCGUGCGGCCGUGCGACAUCUCCCGCCAGCUGAGGGUCAGCCACGGCUGCGUCAGCAAGAUCCUGGGCCGAUACUACGAGACUGGCAGCAUCAAGCCAGGGGUCAUCGGCGGCUCCAAGCCCAAGGUAGCCACACCCAAAGUGGUGGAGAAGAUAGCCGAGUACAAGAGGCAGAACCCCACCAUGUUCGCCUGGGAGAUCAGAGACAGGCUCCUGGCCGAGGGAGUGUGCGACAGCGACACCGUGCCCAGUGUCAGCUCCAUCAACAGAAUUAUUAGAACAAAAGUGCAGCAGUCCUUCAACCUGCCGCUGGAUAGCAAAGGACUGAGCCCCGGACACACACUGAUCCCCAGCUCUGCGGUCACCCCGCCCGAGUCCCCCCAGUCCGACUCUCUGGGAUCCACCUACUCCAUUAGCGGCCUGCUGGGCAUCCCACAAGCCACCACGGAGGGCAAGCGGAGCCACGACGACAGUGACCAGGAGAGCUGUCGGCUGAGCGUGGACUCUCAGAGCAGCGGAGGUGGCCCCAGGAAGCAGCUGAGGCCGGAGCACUUCCCCCCCACACAGCACCUGGACUGCGGCUUCGAGCGCCACCACUACCCCUCUGACGCCUUCGGCUCCGCCACCGCCAGCAAAACAGAGCAGGCUUUAUACCCUCUGUCCCUCAUCAAUGGAAGCCUAGAGGAUGGGAAGUCCAGCCUGUCAACAUCGAGUGCAGCCAUUGGUCGCAACCUGUCCGCGCACCAGAGUUACGCUGUUGUUGCAGAUCCCCUACAGCCCCUCCCACUCUGUCUGAAACAGGAAAUGUCGCCCGAGGUGACCAGCUCGAGCCCCUCCCCCAGCAUCAUAGCCAACUCCGCCUUCCUGGACCUCCAGGCCAUUCAGGCGCCGGUGUCCGUCAGCAACAGCUGCGGCGGCUCCGCCUCCCAUUUCUCUCAUGCCUUCAACUCAUUUUCCCAUCAUGCACCGGUCUACGGGCAGUUCAGCAGCCAAUCGCUCAUCGCAGGGAGAGAUAUGGUCAGUUCCAGUCUCCCCGGGUACCCUCCACACAUCCCCUCUGCUGGCCAGACAGGCUACUCCUCCUCCGCCAUCACAGGGAUGGUAGCAGGUGCGGAUUACACUGGCCAGACCUACACCCACUCCCCCUACACCUCCUACAGCGACGCAUGGAGAUUCACCAACUCAGGCAUUCUCGGUUCGCCAUAUUACUACAGCACUGCCUCCCGAGCUGCAGCCCCCUCCACCGCUGCCUACGACCACCUCUAGUGUCCAGACGAGAUCCGUGAUCCGGGAGAAGGAGCGAAGAAGCCGCAAAGAGAUUUAAAGUUCCUCUGGGAGGAGGAAAUGAGGGAGUCCGAGCAGAUGAAUUGUAAUGGCGUCCUGCGCAAAACUGUUGGCCGGCGGUGAUGUCUGUAGGAAUCACGGACCAUUAGGCUAGCCUCGCUACUGGCCACUGGUGCCAUUAAUUUAUUUAUUGUAGUUCAGGGGGGCCCAACCCCGCUAUUGAAAAAUCUACCACCAUUGCAGGUUUUUAAAAGUCUCGACGCUAAUCAAACGCACCUGGUGGUCAUGUGCAGAGAAUGUCUCAGAGGGGCUCGAUCAGCAGAAUCAGAAGAGGUCUAAUGGAGUGGCAACAGAACACAGCCAUGGGGGUAGGUAGGCAGGUAGGCAGGUAGAUGAGGGCAGGACUGCAAGGGGCAGGGUUGGGCACCUCUGCUGUGAGUGUCUCUCUCUCUCUCUCACAGCAGUGAAUUACAAACGCGCACAAGUUUACACAAGCUCCUCAUACACAGUAGUGUUCCUGUGUAUGUGUCUCCUGGACGUGUACACAGAGACACCGUCUCCUUCUCCACUGCAUUUCUGGCCAGGGGAAUGCUGGUCAGUCAGUGCCUGCUCUCCUUCUCCUGGCUCCAUCUUAACAUGGCAACCAAAGAUUUUAUUUUUUUCCUGCUCUUUCUUCUUCUCAUUUGCCAUUCUAUUUGAUGGUACAGUAUGAAGGAAUCCCCAGCACAGGGUGAGACGUGUAGCUCGGUGAGAGAGGGAAUUAGGCUAUUAAAGAACAUUUUUUUUUGCUCAUUCUUUCCACACUAUUCGCAGACUUUAUCUCUGAUAUUAAUUUGAGUUCUUAAUCCCCGAGUGUUCAUCUCCAUUAAGAUUUUCCUCUGAGCUCUCUGAUCUGGCAGACAUUCGGUAUUAAAUUCCAAGCUGAGGAGAUGCUGUCGGUGUAGCACUGUCCACUGAUACACUGUUAUAGCAUGAAGUAUUUCUAUUGAGUCCACAAUGUCCCUAUAUUUUAUCAAAUAAUUUUCAGAUUACCAGUUUUAUGUGAUGGUAUUGAACUGUACUACAGACACUGUGCGUGAUUGCAGUUACUUUUCUGAUAAUUGUACUCAUGCAGCAUGAGUACCUCCCAGACAGUACCUGUUAACAGGAAGAAUGUACGUUCAACAAACGUAUAUAAAUGUAUAGUCAUACAUAAAAGUGCUCAUCUGCAAAAUGUUACAUGUUUACAGUUUGGGGGCAAUAUGUAUAUAAUGUAUAUGGUGAUCUGUUAUUACUGAAAAAAAAAGAAAUGCAGUUUUAUCUUUAAAAUAAUUUUAAAGCUGUCCACGUAGGGAUGGAGUUAAGCAAUGUAUGAUGAAGUGUUUUCAAAGGCUAUUAUUUCUCUCCUAUAUAUAUAUGUUCCAAUUUUUCUGUCAUGCUAAUGUUUUUUGCAAGACCUUGUGAUUCAAGUUUGUUUUUACUUUUACUGUCAAUAAUAUUAUUAAAGUGUAAAUAUUGAAUUUUUACAGAACUAUUUUAAUUAAAUAAAGCAUGACAAAGUCGA